AUGCCGACCCCAAGCGUUCUAGUGACCGGAGCCAAUGGCUACAUCGGAAACGCCGUUUGCCGUGCCUUUGUCCGUGCUGGAUGGACAGUGUACGGGCUGGCGCGGCGUUCAGAAGCUCUCCCAGCACUCUCCGAGGAGGAGAUCAUCCCAGUUCAGGGCGCCCUCGGUGAUCUAUCUUUUCUACCACCACUCUUUGCCAAACAGAAAACGUUCAAUGCUAUCGUCUCAACCACGGAUGACGUUUACAACUUCGACUCCCAUUUUAAUGAUAUCCUCAGCCUCCUACUCGCCGUUGCCAAGUCAAGCAACGCCGCUGGAGUGCGACCGAUCGUCAUCUUCACCUCAGGCUGCAAGGAUUACGGUAUGACUGGGCGGGCGGAUUCUCCCGAUCUCGCGGCCCAUACGGAGAACUCGCCCUUGAACCCUCCUCCCGCGGUGAAAGCCCGUGCCGUGAACGCCGUCCGUGUCUUUGAUUAUAAGGACGCCUUUGACGCUGUGGUGACCCGUCCAACCACAGUCUAUGGUCGCAGCGGGAGCUACUACGGUCCGUUCUUUGAGCUGGCGCAAGAGGCAAAGGAGACCGGACAGCCAUUGACGCUCCCAUCAUACCCGACUAGUAUUGUGCAUGGCACGCAUGUUGAUGAUUGUGCGGAGGCCUAUGUUGCAAUCGCCGAGAGUGAACGUGCCCGGGUGGCGGGUCAGUGCUAUAAUAUUUCUGCGAGACGAUAUGAGGUCUUGGAGGAGAUUGCGCAAGCCUUGGUUAAGGAGUAUGGCAUUGGUGGUGAUGUGGUGUAUGCGCCACCGAGUAAGGCACCAGGAGAGGACUUUGAUAUCAUUCAGGUGUUGACAGGGUUCUCGCAAUGGGUUGGCAGUGAGAAACUGCGCCAAGAUGUUGGCUGGAAGGAUCGGAAGCUGUUGUUUUCUGAAGGUGUCAAGGCCUAUCGGGUGGCCUAUGAGGAAGCGGUUCGAUCGGGACACAGCAAUGUUCAGCGCGUCAGGGGUUAUAUCAAAGAUUUUAAGGCGUCAGCAUAA